UCCAUAGCUGCAGCAUUUGUCUUGACAGUUUUCUGUUCGGCAAAUGACUAAGAUUCAACCCCCUUUUAUAGGUGAUUUACAAAAAAAAAAAAAAAAUAUGGUUUAAUGUGGCCAAGGGGUGGGGGUUCAUCACUCCGGAAGACGGUGGCCAAGACGUGUUCGUUCACCAGAGGGUCAUUAAAAUGAACGGUUUUCGUUCUCUGGGAAAUGAAGAAGAGGUGGAGUUCGACUGUGUCUUCUCUGGUAAGGGUUUAGAAGCUACAAAUGUAACCGGCCCCCUAGCAAAUGACUGUAGAGGAUCCAACAGAAAGCCUGCUGGAAAAAAAAGGUUUCGUAAGUUGAAGUGCUACAACUGCGGUGAGUUCGCAAACCACAUUGCAGCGAAAUGUUGUUUAGGACCUCAGCCUAAACGAUGUCAUGCAUGUAAAAGCGUAGAUCAUCUUAUUGCAGACUGCCCAUCAAAAACCGAGCAACAAAAGACUGAUUUGGAAGAAACUAAUAAGAAUGGUGUUAAAGAGGAUGAACAAAAGGAAAAUGUCAUUGCUGCAACAUCAACAGAACAGCAGACGGAUUAAAAUCGAAAUAAUUUUUUUGUGCUGUGUAACCUUUGCCU